AUGGCUCCAAUGACAUCAACUGGCUCUGGUUCAAAGGACACGACCAGCUCUCCGUCGACCAUGGCGUCGAUAACAUCAACUAACUCUGAUCCAAUGACCCAAACUAGCUCUACCAUGGCCUCGGUGACUAGUUCUGUGUCUACAAGUAUGGCGUCGACCUCAACUCCUACUGCAGCGACUACUGUACGGACCACAACUAAAGUCAUAUUCUAUCUUGUUGGGGCUUUAAAGAACACUACGAGAGAACGACUUCUGCGUAGCCUGGAAAUAUAUUACAGUACAACGGAAGGAGAUAACGUCAGGAUCUCUUUGGAAACAAUCGAUGUGACCGGCGAUAGUGGGGAGCCGCUUACAGAGGUCUCCUUUACGGUCCAGCUAAGUAAUGGUACAGUCCUAGACACCAAGUACGCGCAGACCAUCAUUGACACGGCUACUGCAGCUGACCAGAGCCAGCUCGGUCUACCCUUACCGGUGUACCAAGGACCCGCAAAGCCAACCCCUGGCACUUCAGCAGAACAGGACUGGUGGGCGAGGAACUGGGCCGCUAUCGCAAUCGGUGUCGCCAUAGCUAUUCUUCUAGCAGCCGUGAUAACGUUGGACAUCAUAAGGCGAAGACAUGAUGAUACAAAAACGGCACAUAUAGACAUUCUCCACAGAAACAAGGCAUUCAACAAAGAUGAUUUCGAUGGGGUACUGAACAAUGGUUACCAUUUGGAUAAGAAUCCUGAUGAGUUGUUGGCCAUGGGCUUUAGCGAAGAAACUGUAUACCAAGGGCCUGGGAUGUCGAUAUCCGUAGAAGAUACGUAUGAGACUCUACACGAAGAACCGAAUUCAAGUGUGGUCAAUAUGGAAGGGUUUGAGUGAUAAUGGAAAUGUAGUGGUUUCCCAUUAAACAUAGCAGAGUUCGGUCAGUUCAAUACCUUGCUCUGGUUCGACACACCUUUGCGUAUUCUCGGAAGAACUAAGUCACUAUAUUUCUUUAAGGCUGAGUUGUUUUCCUUGCCGGAGGAGAGUGGAGCACUGAUCAGAAUGGCGAUUUGAUCCUGAACGGACUGACAUGACGCACAAAUAAGGCACUGCAAACCCGAGUUUCAAGUCGAAUUCCAAAUGGAGUGCAGCGUGGGGUAGAGUUGUGAU